AGUCGACUCUGUCUGUGCUCGACUCUGAGCCCUAGCCUGAGUUAUUUCUCUAUCGCGAGCACUGCUGUUUCAUUUCUCUGUGCGUGUGUGUGUGUCUGUGGUCGGAUCUGAGAGUCAGUUCUGUCUCCUUAACCGAUCCACGUCUCCAUAAAGAGCGGCUAAAGUGGCUGGUCGGAGCCAUGCGCUUGUGUUCUGUGUGUGUUUGUGCGCUGCUGCUGUGUAUCGGAGCUAACGCAAAUCGCGGAGCCUCGCAUUUAUUAACAGAUGAGAUUCCCUUCAAAAUCAACUGGCCUGGGGAACACUUCACCUUGCCUUCAUCUGGAGCCCUUUAUGAAGAAGAUGACUUCCUUAUUAUGACAACCGCAGAAAAGGAGAAAUACAAGUGUUUACUGCCUUCUUUGUCUAAAGGAGAUGAGGACGACGAGAAGGAGUAUACGGGACACAGCCCAGCUGCCCUUCUGGCACCAUUAUUCCAGCAGAGCAGCUGCUCAUACAGGAUUGAAUCUUACUGGUCCUAUGAGGUGUGCCACGGUAAACAUGUGAGGCAGUACCAUGAGGAAAAAAAAACUGGUCAGAAAUUGAAUAUGCAGGAAUAUUACCUGGGGACCAUGACCAGCAAGAAUACAGAGUCUGCAGGAGAAUCAGAACCUAGUAAAGCAGAAGAUUCUGUCAAUGAAAGAUCAACACCAGAUACCAACACUGCGGUACCAACAAAGAACAUUGAAGGCCAGCUGACGCCGUACUUCCCGUUGGAGAUGGGGAAUGGAACCCCAUGUGUAUUGAAACAAAAUAAGCCUCGUUCCACCUCUGUACUGUACGUGUGUCACCCAGAAGCAAAACAUGAAAUCCUGUCCAUUGCUGAGGUGACGACCUGCGAAUACGAGGUGGUGGUACUAACGCCACUGCUCUGUGCUCAUCCUAAGUAUAGGUUCAAGUCAUCGCCAGUAAAUGUCAUCUUUUGCCAGGCACUGGCAGGCUCUCCAUUCAGGCCCCGCAGCCUCACCCACCAGGACCAGCAGCAGGAGGAGCUUCUUAGGCCACACUUCAGCCCUCCCACUGAGCAAGAGGAGGACACAUCACCUGUACGGGAAGAGGCUUUUACCUCUACCCACAAACCCAUGGCAGUAGGUGGACACACCCAGGUUACAGUCGGCACUACCCACAUAUCUCGCCUCACUGAUGAGCAGCUCAUAAAGGAAUUUCUGAGCGGUUCAUACUGUCUACAUGGGGGGGUGGGAUGGUGGAAAUACGAAUUCUGCUAUGGAAAACAUGUUCAUCAAUAUCAUGAGGACAAAGAACAGGGGACAAGUAUUGUUGUGGUGGGCAAUUGGAAUCAUGCUGAGCAUUUAGAGUGGGCCAAAAAGAACGUGGCACGCGCCUACCAGCUGAAAGAAGAGGGAAGCCAAAAAGUGAAAGUGGUAUCCCAUUUCUAUGGCCAUGGAGAUGUGUGUGACCUCACAGGGAAGCCAAGACAGGUCAUUGUGAAGCUCAAGUGUAAGGAAUCGGAGUCUCCUCAUGCUGUUGUUGUGUAUCUUUUGGAACCUCAGACGUGCCAGUAUAUUCUUGGGGUUGAGUCUCCAGUGAUCUGUAAGGUCUUGGACACAGCUGAUGAGAAUGGUCUUCUCUCCCUCCCUAGUUAGAAAGAAGACACACUAGUGAACUGGCCAUGUUUUAGGAAGAGGAAUAGCAUUAUAAUUGGAGUGAAAUGUGCAUUUCUGAAGGAAAGUGCCUGAACACAUGAUUUCCUCAUUAUCCCUUUAAGAACAAUUAGCUCUGGACUGAGCUCUGAAAGGUUCAUUUAUCCUGUGUUACAGCAGGUAUGUCUUUUGAAAUUAUGUUAAUUCUGGAGUUGGCAGUCGUGGAACUGCUUAAAUUCCUGAUCAGCCUGAGAACAUCUCUGAUUUUGUAACUUUUUGGCACAUUUUAAUGACUGCUCAUGUUUUAUUUUUUUAUUUAAUGCAAUAAUGUCUGCAGGGAACUAUUUUGUUGUUUUAAUGGUUUAUUUAUUUCUGUUAACAUGCUUGCUGUUGCAAGCAUCAAAUUCCAUUUUAAGUAAAGCUAAAAUUUAAGACUUUAAACAGUUUGUUCAUUGAAUAUAUGGACAGAUAUAUUUCUUUGCAAAAGGAGUGGAAUGGUUACAUAGUACAGCCAUCUGAGCAUAAAAAUGACGAGGCAAAUGCAGGAAGAAUUCAGACUGUGAGCUUUAUUUUGGACUAUAUAUAUAUAUAUAUGAACACGUACAAUAGACUUUGUGUUGAUACAUGAAAUUAUGUUUAUAAUUAUGAUGAAAUUAUGGAAGAAUCAUUACCAUGUGUGCUUACAGUCAUACAUUAGGGUAAGCAUUUGUCUUUUUUAUGUAAACACAACAUAACUGGGUUGUGCUUUGGAUAACUGUUAAAAUAUUUAGGGUGUGUGUGCACACAAAUUAAUGUAGUUAGUAAACUGUGCUUUAGUUCAUGGGUGUUGGCAUGGGUUUUUAAAACUGAUUUUUUUUUUUUUUUGAUUUAGAACAGAAUCCCAUUGUCCAAUUCAGUGACACUACUUGAGCAAAUAAAGAAUGAAUAUGGUUUGGUUAUAA